AUGUCAGGUCCACCCUUUACGGUCCGCUCGGUCUUCGAGUAUACUUCGGGCCACGAUGACGAUCUCAACUUCCCGAUCGGUCAAAUCGUGACUGUCACCGCCCUGGAGGACGACGAUUGGUACUACGGUGAAUACUCAGACGCCCAGGGGGUCAAGCAGGAGGGCAUAUUCCCGAAGAACUUCGUUGAGAAAUAUGAGCCCCCAGCCCCUCCGAGACCAUCCCGGCCCAGACCUAAAAAAGAGCCCGAGCCGGUGCCAGCGGAGUCCCCCGUGGUCGAAAGCAAGCAGACUGAGCCGGAGUCCGAGCCAGAGUUGCAGCCCACGGAGGUAGACUAUGAGAUUACAUCCCCGAAGGCACCUCUUCCACAGUCCCCUCCUCUACAUGCGAGUACCCCUAUAGCAGAAAUUGCAUCCUCGCCCCCGCAGCGGGCAAAGGCGCCCGCUCCCGCCCCUCCCGUGGCCCCAACUGAACCCGCAGCCAAGGCAUCCCCGAAACCCGCGCCUCCAGCUGUUGCGGAGAAGCCUUCGGGGUCAUCAUUCAGGGAUCGCAUCGCUGCCUUCAACAAACCCGCAGCAGCACCAGUUACGCCAUUCAAACCGGGUGGUUCCCAGCCAUCCUUCAUCAAGAAGCCUUUCGUUGCGCCACCUCCUAGCAGGGAUGCCUACAAGCCUCCACCAAGGGAACCUGCACCCAAAAUCUACAAAAGAGAGGAGGAUCCCGAUGUCAAGGAGCAAAUCGCCCGCGAACCUCCGGUUUCUGAAAGCCGGCCUGCUCCCAUUGAAGGUGGCGAAGAGAGCGCUGAGGACCAGCCCAAGCCAACUAGUCUGAAAGAGCGAAUUGCUUUGCUCCAGAAGCAGCAAUUGGAGCAAGCUCAACGUCAUGCAGAAGCAGCUCAGAAGAAAGAAAAACCCUCCCGUCCUCACCCUAAGAAGUCUGUGGAUGAACCUGUGGCCCCCGCAGUCCUUAAUGAGGAACAGGAGCAUCCCUCUCUCGAAGAAUCCCCGGCUGCUCGGGAUCCUAGUGUUGAUACAUUGAGGGCUGCAGCGCCUCCUCCACAGCCGCCUGCCCCAUUUUCACCCACCCAAGAAACUGCGAGUGACGCCAAUGACGCAGACUACUCUGCUGCUGCAGACUCUGAGGAUGCAGGCGAAACAUCCACCAGUAAGGAUGAUGAGGAAGAUCAACCUCAGCCUCGUCCAGUCUCCCAGCGUCAGCAGUCGACUCGUACAGUCGAGCAAACGGCUGAAGCAGAUGUUGAGGACGAGGGUGAAGCAGAAGAAGAGGAAGAGGAGGAAAUGGACCCCGAAACCAAGCGCAGAAUGGAACUGCGUGAGCGGAUGGCUAAGAUGAGCGGUGGCAUGGGUAUGAUGGGUCUCUUCGGCCCGCCUGCCGGAGGUAUGCCGGGCAUGUCCGGUCCAGGUGUUGCUCGCAAGCCCAAGACCCCCGCCGAGUCAGACAAGAGGCUUGGAGAGCUCGAGCCUGAGCCGACUUCCCCUGCCAAUGCGCCCCCAGUUCCUAUGAUUCCCCUUCCUGGAAUGAACGUGGCUAGCAAGCCGGUACCUUCUUCCAUUGAAGUGGAGAAGGAAGAGGAGGAGCUUUUGGCGACUCCUCUCACGGAACAACACUCUGCACGCGAGGUGCCAGACGUCGAGGAGGUCGUUCACGAAGGUGCGCAGCCUCGUGCCUCUAUUGAUCGUCCAGUUCCGGCUCCUCCAUCUCAAGAUCGUUCGGCACCUCCUCCACCUCGUCGGGAGUCAAGACCCGUCCCGACUGUGCCAGAUGAGCCACCGGCUUCCCCUCCGCCAGUUCCUAGAGGCCGGCCGGUUCCUCUAUCACGGCCCACAACUGCUGACCAGGGUGACGAGUCUGAUGAUGAAUUGUCUGUGCACACAUCUAAUCUGUCGUUGAAUACCUCGGCUUCCCCACCUGUCGUGCCUGCACCUGCGAUACCUGAUCAGAUUGACUCUCGCCGUGGCGAAACAUAUGACCCCGUGUCCUCUCCAGUUUCGACCCCUGCAGCCGAAAAGAGAGCUAGUCGUCUACCACCCCCUAUUCCAGUCAAUCCACCCAUGCCACCGUCAUCGCAGGGCCGCGCUCCCCCACCCCCACCUCCGGAUCAACUUCGUCGCCAAUCUACCGCUGAUAGUCGCACAAGUGCAUUAUCCCCUCCUCGACAGGCCGGAGAAGAAGCGGAAGGAGAGGUGACCGAAUAUGACGGUGACUACGACACUGAUAUCGCAUCGGGAGUCAAACACAAGGAUGCUCUGAAAGCUCACGAGCGGGAAUCCAGCUUUGACGAGGGUAUUACCACCGACGACCAUUCCAUUCAGUCCCCGCGCAGUCCCCAGGAAUCCCGACAUCCCCCACCUCCACCACCAACGGCUCCCAGAGCAGUUCCCCCUCCACCCCCAAGCCAGCCGCCCCGGAAUGCCCGUGCGUCUAUUGACACACCUAGGGGACCGCCGCCUCCUCCUCCUCCACCGCACAGAGAGGAGCCACUCAGUGAUGAUGAAGAUGAUGUUGAAUAUGACCCUUUUAACUAUUCCGCUCCCCGGCAUGGUCUCCCUACCUCUCCGCCCCUCCCACUAGGUCGCCCAGAGGCUCCCCCUCCUUUCCCACCUAAACAAGGAGCUGAUGAAUACGACGAUCUGUAUGAUGCACCUCCUGUGCAGAGCCCAGUGAAAGAAAGACCAUCUCCUUUGCAUGAGAAGCGUCUCUCACUGGCACCUAUGCCCCCCCUUAGCCAGGUUUCGGGUCUGCCAUCCCCGUCCGCAGCCCGAACCCAGCGCGCAUCUAUGGAUCUUCUCAGAAACCAGUCUAACGUUCGUCGGUCCAUGGAUAUUUCUCGCCCAUCUAUCGACCAAGGCUACAUCGCUACGGAUGUUGAUUUCGCCGAGUAUACCCUCUGGUGGACUAAACCCAACACCCCGCCUCCGGCGUUCCAGAACCGCACUGAUCUGCUGUUCGAGGUCGAAGAGACAUCAUCCACGAACCGUGGUGGCAAAACAACAGUCUCGAAGGAUGUUUACAUCCUGUUCCUCGAUUACUCCCAGACAAUCUUGAAUGUCCAAUUCGACCCCAAGAACCCCGCGGAUGCUUCUUUCGAGCAGCGCCAUGAACCCCCGCCGCUUCCGCUUCGUCAAGACCAGCUGGAACAGGCUCAUAUUCAGCUCGGAACCCGAAUCUCGGAAGCCGUCAACUCGAUCCAAAACUCUACUGUUGGAGAUGGCACGCCGUUCGGGCUGGUUCAACACCUGCUCAAUCCUCUUUCCGACGCGUUGCUUCCUGUGGGGACCCGCGGAUACGGUGCUUCGGUUUACUCAAACCUGGCAAAUGCCUCUGUAUCUCAGAAUGAUGAAAUCCGCGCCGGUGACAUCGUCAGCUUCCGCAAUGCCCGAUUCCAGGGCCACCGCGGCACCAUGCACCAGAAGUACAGUGCCGAGGUCGGAAAGCCCGACCAUGUCGGCAUCGUAGUGGAUUGGGAUGGCACGAAGAAGAAGAUCCGAGCCUGGGAGCAAGGCCGCGAGAGCAAGAAGGUCAAAAUGGAGAGCUUUAAGCUAAAUGACCUCCGCAGUGGCGAAUGCAAGGUCUGGCGAGUGAUGCCCCGUAGCUGGGUAGGCUGGGAAACCAGUAGGUAA